UCCCAUGACUGUCUCACUGUCCCGGCGCGCCUCGAGCAUGUGUCACGAAACAGAAACCGAAACCCCCCUCCUCGUAUCUAUCGCCCUGAACGUUUUAUUGGCGCUAUUGGGGAUCGUCUCUAUCCUGAACAUGCCGGAAGAGAAAGAAUAUACGGGUCAAGUUCAAAACUGGUGUCCCAAUCCGAGGGAAACGAAGCCAUUGGACGGGGUCAAGUAUUUGCUCAACAGCGAAAUCCUUCUCAAAUUCCAAGCUGACCAAUACCCUUCGGAUGCGCAACACCUUCGUCCCUCCAACAUCAGUUCGCGGGAGGUGUAUGACUUCCGAGUGAUCAUCAGAGCUCACGCUCCGGCAGGGAAGGUCGAGUUGAAGCUAUGCCAGGAAGCUCAUUGUGGAAUCGAGAACAUCACGCUCGAGGUCGCAGAAUUAUCACGUCCACGAACGAUAACCGAACUAAUAGCCGAGACUAAGGCAAGAGAUGACGCCGGAUAUUCUACUUUCAGUGUGAAGACGCGGGAUUAUUCGAGGGCGGAAUACGGGUCACUGCGAUGCGUUUCGAUUACGAUUUUCAUUAUCCCCUGGCUGCUCGCUCUGUGUUUCCUUGUGAUGACGAUCGGGGCGAUCUACUAUUUUGUGAGAAUUCGGAAAAAAGAGGCUGUCUUCGACGAAUGGUGUCCGCGAGUCACCAAGGGACGAGUCACCCAUUUGGUGAAUAAUACGGCGGAUGGCCAGAGAUAUUUUGUCACAAGACGUGAUAUCUACAAAACAAAGGACGGACGCACAUACAUUUUCGUCCUUUACCAUGAACGGACGUUGUACGCGUUCAUUUUCUCGAUCAGGCUUGAUGUACCAGUAGACAUCAAGUCCACGAAGAUGAAGGAGUUCCACAGAGCGGAAAAUUUCAACGACCGCCAGGAAGAGGAACUCUUCCGGAGAUUACUGAGAGAGCCUCUAUCGAAGGGCAUCCUUGAGGCUGAUAACGCGAGCUUGGAUGUCGAAGCCGACUGGUAUAUUCACGUGACGGUUCAUAUCGAAGAGAGGACCUAUGGGGAUAAGACUGCAUACGGAAUGGUUGAAGCAAAUAUUUGUGCUGAGAAUUCCGGUUGUCACUUGAAAAAUUUCGCUUUCGGGCUCGAGGACGUAUUCCGGACGCGAGCGGUCAACAUCACCGAGAUCGUGCUGCCAGAAAGAAAAGGCGACAGGGUUUUCGAGAGAGCGACCGUUUUCCUAAGCUGCAAUCUUUACGAUGGGAAUAGGAAACUCUGCUCGCCUGAUGCAAGCUUCAAUUCCGUGGUCAAGUGCUGA